AUGGCUGAGCGGUCAAAGAAGCAAAGAAGGAAAAGUUUUGGCGUGUUUGGGUCCACCGGGCUAUUGUCUCUGGAUUCCGCCUCACCCGUCACUGGCUCUCGAUUUCGCGCUGGUGAUCGAUCGUCGUGCGAUGCGUUGACGUUGGCAAGAUAUUACGGCGAGCGUCACGGACGGGUGGAUGCGUUUGACUCUGCGGUGGUUGACGACGUCGAUAUCCAACAUCGCCGACAACUCCAACAGCAAACACCACAACAGCCACAGCCAUGGAUGAGCAGCUCUAAGGAGGAUCCGAAGCAACUACGCAACAGGAAAACACGCUCAGGAAGCAGGUCCUCAUUGCUGAACAUGGCUUUCGUCAGGCCGCGACCUCCCAGCUCCGGCGAGAUGAAGGCAACGAAACAGCCCAGGACGACCACCGCUAGACCGUUGUCAUAUUCACCACAGCUGGCCUUCCAGGACGAAGAGCUCAGUCUGCCGAACUUCACACUCCCUCACUCCGCCACCGAGCCAAAUAUCCGCUCUCGAUCGAAAUCCGUGAACCGGUCACUGGCCAGAAGCUCGGUCUUUGGCUCGCUGAGAUCCCUCAAAUCCAUGGACGAAGACCAGAAUUCAACGAGGACGCGGUCCAGAUCGACGUCGAGCAAUGAAGAUGACCUGCCUAUCAUGCGGGAUUCAGGCAAUUCCCGCGCCCAAAAGGCCCAGCAACAGCACCAUCCUCAUCACCUUCAGAUAAAUCGGAGUUUUGGGGUCAAAGUCUUGCAUCAUGGCGAAGUGCAGACUGCAGGGACAAUGUGGAGGAAGAGGAGCCAUUAUCUCGUCUUGACGGAAUCCCACCUCGUCCGGUUUAAGAGCCAAAACAAGGCAGCAGAGGUUUUCCCGUCUAUACCGUCGUCCUGGGGUCGAAAUAAUGGCACAGCCGCAGCAUCGAAUCGCCUCUCUAUGGUUUCUCUUGCAUCUCUACAUGAAAACCAACUCUCAGGAGGAGCGGCAGCUGGAGGGAACGGCGAAGGAGGGAUAGGAAUUGCCCUUAAUAGCAUAAUAGCUGUCCACCGGUUGGAUGAUGGGAAACCCUACUUUUCAAUUGAAGUAUGCUACGCGGACGAAAAGUACCCCAGAGGCUCAGCUAUACAUAUUCAACUCACUGACCCGCAAGAAGCGCAAUUGUGGCUCAUGGGCAUUCGUGCGGCUGCAGAGAAUGCAAUAUCGACCGGACCUCCCGUUUUUGAUGAUGACACCGUUAACUAUGUAACGAACAUCCUGGAACAGGAGCGUGAUUACGAUCCGGAUUGCUUUGGACUAUAUAGAGUGGUUCAUCGCAUGUCUACCAAGCAAAGCAAUCGCUCAUCUACCGACGAUAUAACCAAACUUGCAUCCAAUGCCUGCCUCCUUGCCAUUGGGGUUCAUAAGAUACAUAUCCUACCUACCCAUACGAAAUCAUCCAAUAGAGCUUCCAUGGCAUCUUUGGUAGAGCUAGAUUUAGACGCCUGUCUAGGAAUCAUGGCUCUGUCUUCCAUCUCAGUGCAGCCAAGUGAUGACACCUUUCAACUGAUCUUCCGAAUACCAUUCAAAAGCCCAUCAAUCGUCAAUCUCUCCUCAAGUUUCUCAGGUGAAAUCGCACUGCUCCUUCGACAGCGAGCAGAAUAUCUACGGCCUGAAUGGAUCCACCAGCCUUUCUCUUUCAAUGUUCCUCCUCAUGUUCAAGCCCAGGUAAUGCCACCUGUAAACUUUGAGGAGGAUUAUGGAUGCUUUGAUCGGACUCUUAUCGCCUACUGCGCCGCAUAUGAUGUCGAUACCUCGAAGAUUCGUUAUAUGGUAGACUACCAUUGCGAUGAUGCACCAGCCUUUCAACUGCUUCCACGCGAGGGUUGCCCAGAUGGAGGGGGAUAUCUGCUCCUGGAGCUCCUCGCAGUCUUCCGUGCACUACGAUAUAAUGAAUCAUUCGCUACUAUUUCAUUUGCGCGCAUCAACUUGGAUAUUCUACAACAAUUCCGCGAUUCGUUCGGACCUGAUUUUGAUGCCAUGCGCACGAGAUCGAAUGUAGCGGUAAAUAUACCUGGGCAAGAGGAUAUUGCUUCUUUAACCCAAGAGGUGCGAGCACUCGCUCUCAAGAGUAGGGCAUUGCGACGGCUAGACUUUUCAUACUGCUUAACCCGCUCUGCGAAGGCAACCGGGGGUGAGCGUGACCCUGGAUGUGGCAUCCCAGAGGCUGUCUUCCCCCUUUGCCGGCGCAAUCUAACACAAGUAGACUGGCUUGCCCUCAAUGGUAUUGAACUAGGCGACUCAGAUCUAGAUUACCUUGUUGAUGCGGCUUCGCAGAAGACUUCGGCACUUCGGGCUUUUGAAGCAAGCAACUGCAGCUUACAGGUCCAUGACCUGAACCUGAUUCUGUCUACCCUUCGAGUUCAGAAGGACACCCUUGAAUGUUUGCGGAUUUCCAACAUUGUUGGUCGAUUGAGCCCUGACCAGUUCCAGCAACAGGCCGGGUGUUUUAGGAAUAUUCGAAAACUCGAGCUUUCUCAAGUUCUACGGACAUCGAAGAGCGAACCCCUCAUUUCGGCUGAAACAUUACUGAAUUGGGAACUGGAAGAACUCUGCCUGAACAAUACGACGGUAAAUGAACAGACGGUGGAGUCUAUUGCCAUGUAUCUUGCGAGCCCGGAGUCUAAAAAGCUCCGUGAAAUACGUCUUAAUCAAUGUGGUAUCACUGGGGGAGAUGUUGCUACCCUACUCUAUUUCAUGGUUGACGAGGAUUUAAAGCCUCGGGACAUCCACUUGCAUGUAAAUGACAAUAGGUUGGCUAUCGAUUGUGAUGUUUUGUUUGCAUCCAUCUCACAGAAUCGAACAUCGACUCAUCUCACUAUGAGAAACAUCGAAUUUCAACGUGAUGAAGACUUUAGGUAUCUCGUCGAGGCCCUUAUUCAAAACACCACACUGCGAUAUCUUGACAUCUCCCGACUCUCUCUCCCGCACGAUGCCGGUGUCGAGACAUCCAAGGCAUUACAGAGAAUGUUUGAAUUGAACUCUACCAUACAAGAGCUCGACAUCAGCAGCGAGCAAGCCCAUCUUGACGUAAGCAGGUUUGGAAUCGGAUUAAAUCUUGCCUUGACGGGGCUAAAGAAGAAUCAUACCCUGAAGGUACUUAGGAUAGAGCACCAAAAGCUAGGGGUCCAGGGGGCAAACACACUUGCAUCUGUAAUCGAGGAAAACGAUUCGUUGGUUGAAAUAUAUUGUGAAAACAACGAGAUUAACCUGCAGGCGUUCACCAUUAUAGUGAAUGCGCUACAAAAGAAUGAGACGUUGUUACACAUUCCAUCAAUGGCGAGCGACUGCAAGCGGUCACUCGCGCGAGUGCAGCGGGAAAUGGAAGCAGACGUGAAAGAAACCGGACUUCGAUCCACUCUUUCAACUGCAUCGUCAAUUCGCCGGUCUGUACGUGCAGCAUUUACAGGCUCUUACAGCAGCAGUAAUAAGUUGGUCAAGUCACAUCCUCCAGUUUCACAAACUGUUACUUCUUCACCUGGGGUACGUCGCGCGUCAUCCGCCACUCUUACAGGUACGAAUGGAACACAACCUGGCAUGGCAGCGUCAGCGGUCCUACCUCAAUUUACCAGGCCGGAGAUCAAGUUUGCCAUUGAAGCGCUCCAAAGCAAGUGGAAUAUCCAAGAAGCUCGUCUGCAACGCUACCUUUACCGCAAUUACAACAUCCUACACGGCUAUACGGGCGAGACAGUUGGUGAUGAUACGAGAAGUGAAGGACGACCAGCCACGGCAGCUAGUCUGACUACAUUCCUCAACCAGCUCUCCCUCACGCCGAUUGAAGAUAUGAGUCAACGAGACGGUACUUCAGUGGCCGAAACGCCGUCUAGUGAGGCAUCAGCACUGAGUAGAUCCGAGAGUUUUAAGACUGCAAACAACUACAUCGAAGACGACACGGCAAAUGAUCAAAUUGGCGCUGUAGAUUUCAACUUGGACUGGUCAUAUUCACAGCCUUGUUCGAAGCAAAGCGCACUUAUUGACCGUGUCCUCCCAGGUUCCUCGUUUUCAUCACCGGCACAUGUUCAAACGGAGGAACUGGCUGUACCUGUGUCCUCCCAACCCCGACCAUCCCUUCUCCGAGCAACCAGCAGCGUGCGCAGCGGCAAGUCUGCCAGCUCCGUCAGUAUCAACACCAAUACUAGCACGAUAAUGGACAGAACUCCGGUCAGUGGCCGAAAAUUUGGUACGACACGAACACCAUCACUACGUGGCAUGCUCACUGCCAGAGCUGCUACGGCUGCAAGCAAAAGAGAGCUGCAAAGCAAAGUUGACCUGCUUGGAUCUUCCAACGCAGCUCCACGACUGGAUUGGAAUCUUCCUGAAAUAGGUCUGCUUUAG